AUGUCUGAUAUGGAGGCACUGGUGGAAGCACUCUCGGAGUACUCGACGUACGUACCCCCUAGACAAUUGUAUGCAGGCCUGGAAUCUCAUAUGCGCAGUUGUGAUGUCUCCGAUGCCCUGGGCAAACUCGGAGUCCCCCAUAGUGGGUUCCUAGCAGGGCCAACCCUAUGGUCACCAGAACGACAAUGUGGAAAGACGAAGCUAGUCGGCCCAGCUUAUACGGUGCAAUAUGUCCCUGUUAGCGACGAGACUUCCCCGAAAUGUCCUUCGCACUAUAUUGAUUCAGUGCCCUCAGGCGCAGUCAUUGUGAUCUCGGCACCGGCCACCAUCAACGCCGUUUAUGGUAGCUUGAUGAGUACCCGAGCUCAGGCGUCGGGUGCCGUUGGCACUGUGGUGGAUGGGAGGAUUCGUGACCUGCAAGAUCACCGAGACUUGGGCUAUCCGGUAUUCGCCCGUGAAAUAGGCACUGCAGCUCCGUAUGGAGUAGCCCGUGUCAGUGGAUUCAAUGUUCCGAUAGACUUCAACAAAGAAGGUGGCACUGUGUCAGUCCACCCAGGAGACUACAUCGUAGGAGAUCUGAACGGUGUCGUCUGCAUACCCGCGAAGCUGGCGGAUCAAGUGGUCAAAUUGAUUGCUCCUCAAGUGGAAGCUGAUAGCAAAAUCGCGCGAGAUUUACGAAACGGAGUGCCCUUCACAGAAGCAAGCAAAAAGCAUAGAGCAAAGUUGACAUAG